UGCGCUGGCCCCGCGCGGCCGCCGUCGGGGGCGGAGCCGGGACGCGUCCGCGGGGCGACGGCGCGACCGAGCCAAGGGCUCGGCGGCGGCGGCGCGGCCGGCGCGAUGGGCAACCUGUUCGGCCGCAAGAAGCAGAGCCGCGUCACGGAGCAGGACAAGGCCAUCCUGCAACUGAAGCAGCAGCGGGACAAGCUGCGGCAGUACCAGCGGAGGGUGUCCCAGCAGCUGGAGCGCGAGCGGGAGGUGGCCCGGCAGCUGCUGCGGGAGGGCCGCAAGGAGCGGGCCAAGCUGCUGCUCAAGAAGAAGCGGUACCGGGAGCAGCUGCUGGACAAGACGGAAAACCAGAUCGCCAGCCUGGAGACCAUGGUCCAGAGCAUCGAGUUCACGCAGAUCGAGAUGAAGGUGGUCGAGGGGCUGAAGUUCGGAAAUGAGUGUCUGAAUAAGAUGCACCAGGUGAUGUCCAUCGAGGAGGUGGAGCUGGUGCUGGACGAGACUCGGGAGGCUGUGGAGUACCAGCGGCAAAUCGACGAGCUGCUGGCCGGGAGCUUCACGCAGGAGGACGAGGCUGCCAUCCUGGAGGAGCUGGACGCCAUCACGCAGGAGCAGGUGGAGCUCCCAGAGGUCCCCUCGGAGCCGCUCCCGGAGAAGCCAGAGAAAGCGGCCGCCAGGGCCCGGCCCCGGCAGGCGGAGCUGGUGGCCGCCUCCUAACCUCCGGGGCCGCGGGGCCGGGAUGACCGUGGGCGUGCGGUGCUGGCCAGCCCUCGGCCGGCGGUGCUGACGGCGCCCCCCUCGCCGUCUGGAGCCUCCACGCCCUCUGGGCGCAGCUGCCGCCCAUGCUGGUCUCUGGACUAAGAAGCGUCAGUCAGACCUUCCGGCGAACGGGCUGUGCAGCUGGGGCUCCAGGGCCAUGCCCGCCAACCGCCUGGUGCUGCCGCUCGCCGGCCCUGCCCGUCACUUCCUGCUCCGUGCCCUGGGGGGCAUCAGCGAGGAGCAGGCACCGGGCCUGGCUUCCCGGCCGCCGCUGCCUGUGGGCCCGGGGGAAGCACGCUCUGGGUCCGCUUGGGGGAAGGCCGGGCGUCCCUACUGGACCGAUGGCUCCCGGAGCCCUGGCCUCCCCCGUCACCUCCGGCCGCUGAGGACGACGGACAGCAGGGCAGCGGACAGCCUGCCGGGACACCCGGUGCUGCCGGAUGUGUGCCCGUGGACCCUCCGGGCGGGACCUGCCGAGACCCAGGCUGCCCGCCCUCCCCUCGGCUGACGGGCUCACGUUCACAGGGUGCGACGGCCUCGCUGGUCUCAGCCCCCACGCGGCCCCAUUAAAGCUGGUCCUGCACACCCACGCCUAGUGACCCACCGCCCGGGCCCAGCCUCGGCCUCACUGGGCGCGCUGCAGCGGGGCUGGCACCGGACAGCGGGC